GCCUAACUCUGGAAAGUUUGCUGUGUCCAGCUUUAACGUUCAAGCUAGCAAGGAAACUGGCAUCUCAGCUGGUAGUAGCUCUUACAAGAACCUAAACAAUCAGUACAGGACUGGAGGAUGGCCUGCAUGUAAGUGUUGUUUGGGAAAUCAUGCCAUAUAUGUGUGUAACAAAUUCAAAGAAAUGACUCCACAGAAAAGGCUGGACUUUGUGAGGGAACAUAAGAUGUGUUUUAAUUGCUUUUCAACUCAACAUGUGUCUUACAGCUGUAACAAACCAAGUCGGUGUCAAGUUGAUGGUUGCAAUCGCAAGCACUCCAGAUUGCUGCACGAUGGCUUACAGACAUUGGUAAAGUCUGGUGGACGUGGUGUUGGUUCAUCACAUGGACAGACGUCUACAUUGACACAAGAGUGUGGAACUCAAACUCAUUCAAUGCAUAAUUCUGUCGGUGGUGGUGUUAAUGGGGCUGGUGUGUCCAGAACAGCCCUGCCUAUUGUCCCCGUUUCAAAAGGUUGAAUGGUCAGGAUGGAUUCAUUGAAACGUAUGCUUUUCUUGAUAAUGGAAGCACCAACACAUUCUGUUCACAAGAAUUGAUUGAACAACUCGACGUGAAAGGAACAAAAACGUCUCUUUCACUUACUACAUUCACCAAUGAAAACUGUGAAUCUGAAACCAAUUUAGUGAGUUUAAACGUGACAGAUCUUGAUGGCAGACAUUUAAUGCAACUACCACAUGUGUUUGUGAUUCCCAAACUACCUGUUCCGACUGAGAGUUUAGCCAGCCAAACGGAUGUUGAUAAGUGGACUCAUUUACAAGGUAUAACUCUGCCGACCUUGGAUCAUGGAAGGAUAACUCUUUUGAUUGGACAAGACAAUCCUUCAGCACUUGUACCAAUUGAUGUGCGGAAAGGUAAAGACAAUGAGCCAUAUGCUACAAGAACAGUAUUUGGCUGGACACUGAAUGGGCGAUUAGAAUAUGGUAGCCAAAGAAGGAUAGUAUCAAACUUUGUCCAAGCAGAACACAGCUUGGAGUCUUCAGUUGAGAGAUUUUGGAAGUUGGACUCUUGUGAACACAUUUUUGAUAGUAAACCACAAAUGUCUGUUAAUGACAAGCGUGUUAUAGAUAUUUGGCAGGAGUCUCUGGAGGUUGAAGAGGGACAUUAUAAAAUGCGAAUACCUUUCAGAAGUGAGCUUCCAAGCAUGCCCAACAACUACAGUGUUGCAGAAGUCAGACUUGAAUAUCUAGGCAGGAAAUUAUCCAAGAAUAAGAGCCUGCAUGAGAGAUACAGAGAUGGAAUACAGGAGCUUCUCAGUAAAGGAUAUGCUGAAAAGGUUCCACAUGAAGAAACUAACCCCAAGGAGGGCCCUGUUUGGUAUAUCCCUCACCAUGCCAUGAUCAGUGAGAAGAAACCGGACAAGUUGAGGAUAGUUUUUGACUGUGCUGCCAGUUAUGGAGGAACAAGCCUAAAUGAGGAGGUUCUUCAAGGACCAGACUUAACCAACACAUUAAUUGGUGUUCUCCUUCGAUUCCGUCAGGAAAAGAUAGCCAUAAUGGGUGACAUUGAGGCAAUGUUUCACCAAGUUAGAGUUGCCUAA